AUGGGACCCGACCCUCUGGCCAGCACUGGCAUCCCUCCCUUCGAGGGACCACCACCACCACCACCACCACCACCACCACCGCCAACAGAUUUCAACUUCACAUUCCCAACAAACGGGAAAAACUUCACAGUGGGAACCAACGAGACGUUUCUACCUUGGGGGCCAAUACCGACUGAUGCUGGGCGAUCGCUGCAAGCCGAUAUCGUGGCUUGCGCGGUGAUAACAUGGCUCAUCGCGCUUGGGUUCGUGGUGGUGAGGUUUUACACGAGGGGUAGACUCAACAAUGUGCUGGGGGCGUCGGAUUGGUGUAUCAUUCCGGCGUUGGUGUUUGCCGCCGGUGUGAUGGCUAGUUCUCUUGAGCAAAUGGCUCGAGGGGCCGGGAGACACGCCUGGGAGGCGGACUGGAUGCAGAUGUCGGCGCUGGAAAGGGCGGCUUGGUAUGGGAUUCUGUUUUACAAUUUGAGUCUCACCUUCUUAAGGAUUUCGAUACUUUUGCUGUAUCGACGCAUCUUCACCUACAGCUGGGCGAAGCGGGCGAUUCAGAUCGUGCUUGUUCUUGUGGUGCUUAUUGGGAUCUGGCUUGUUGUUUCGGUUUGCACGGCUUGCAUCCCGCUUGAGGCGUUCUGGAAUUGGGGUUUGUUUUUUACGCAGGAGGUGUAUUGCCAGCCGGGGAACAUUUGGUGGGCGAAUGCGGCUUUGCAUAUUGUUAGUGAUUUGGUGAUUAUGGCUUUGCCGAUGCCAGUGCUUUCAGCUUUGAAACUGCCGAGACGCCAAAAGUACGCUCUUGUUGGGGUGUUUGCUUUGGGGUUUUUCGUCUGCAUCGUCUCCAUCAUCCGCCUAGUCUACCUUAUCGACAUUGUCAAAAAAGCCGGCUACGACGCAACCUACACCUCGGCCCAGAUGAUCUACUGGACCUCGGUCGAGGUCUCCGCCGCCAUCUGCUGCGCCUGCCUCAUGACCCUCAAGCCUCUCAUCCAACGCCUCUUUCCCCGGCUCCUCUCCCCCAACUCGGGCAGCAAGACCCCAAGAGAAAACAGCAGCCUCCAAUGGAUCGACCCCAUCACCGGCCACCCCAUCCGCCGUGACUCCCGCCAGUCCUUCAUCGGCCUCGCUGCUCAACUAGGCCGAAGAGGAAGCAGAAGGCUAAGCGAAACAUCAGACAAAACCUCCUCCAAGCGCAAAGGAAGCCUCCUCCAGCAAGUGGAAGAACACGAAGGCGAACUACCGUCGGUGAACAACAACAACGGGCUGGCAGACUACAAACUUAACAGGCCGGUCAUGCAUGGGGAUUUGGAAUCACAGCAGACGUGCAGUGUUUCUGCUAGUGCGAGAGGGGGGUCAUCGUUGCAUCCGUCGAAUACGACUGAUCACCAUAACGAGGAUGAUGAUGACAUCUCUCCGUUGGAUACCACGAGUGGAGGGAGGUCACCUGGUUCAGGAAGUUUACGAGCACCGCCACGGGGUCACCUGAGGUUGUCGAUACAGGUUACCAGGUCGGUCAAGGUGGAGAAGCACCCGAGAAGUCCACAGCCGGGGGAGACGUUUGGUGGUGUGAAUGUGGGGAGGACACAACCGCCACGGAGAAGGUCGGAUCAUACUGAUGAUGAUCAGGACGACGAGGGGGAUAGCGAUGAGGAUGAAUACGACUUGCCUGAGAGCCCUAGGGGGGCGAGGAUGACGAGGAUGAGUCAACGGGAGGAUAGGGAUAGGGAUUACAGGGGAGAGAAGGUGGGAUCGGUGGCGAGGAGAGGGGGGGUGUAGUAUGAAAUGUGUUGGGACAGAUAUUAUGGUCUGUCUUGGUGAUGGCUUUGUUUUUUUCUCUUGUCUUUGUCAAACAUCCCACGGAGUCAAGGUCUGGAUCGGAUGUGUGAGAAAAGAAGGGCCGGAUACGCCUCUCAUGAUGAAUGGUUUGUUUCUUUCACGGGUAACGAAGGGAAUGGGAUGAUACCAAGGCUUUUUGUGGGUUUGAGAGAUAUCAAAAUCUAUUCUAUCUCUCCAUCGUCACGAUGCAUGUUCGGGCAUUAUUAGUCCUCGAUGUAAACCAACUUUGACCGCAAGCAAAACCAAAAAACUA